AUGGAGAAGUGGAGUCUGAGGAAGAAGCUCAGCAAGCCAGAGCAAGAGCCAGAGCCAGAGGAGUAUGAGGCUGUGCCUGUCAUGGGAAAGCUUCUGGAGAAGGUUUGCAGCUUAAUCAUUGAUGGAGGCAGUUGCACUAAUGUGGCUAGUGAGGCCAUGGUUGAGAAGCUUGGUCUUGUGACUCAGAAACAUCCUAAGCCAUAUCAGCUACAGUGGAUCAAUGAGACUGGAGAUAUGAGCGUGAAGGAGCAAGUGGUCGUGCCACUAUCUAUAGGAAGCUAUGAGGAUGAGAUCUUGUGUGAUGUCUUGCCUAUGGAUGCUGGACACAUCAUUCUGGGAAGGCCAUGGCAAUCUGAUAGGCGUGUAUGCAUGAUGGCUUUCACAAACAAGUACACCUUCCUUCACAAGGGGCGUAAGACCACUCUCAUUCCCUUAACCCCUCAAGAGGUGUAUGAAGAUCAAGUUCAGUUGAGUGGCCAAAAGACUAAACCUCAAGCCAAGAAGGAGCCAACCAAAUCCAACAAGUCCUGA